CACGCUGAGUUCUGAGUGGUGAUGAAUAUUUUGUUUUUUAUAUUAUUAUUAUUCUUUUAGAUUUUCUAAUGGCUUCGCUAUUACAUUCUUCAUCUUCAUGGCUCUCUUCUAUGCUGAUGAAGCCGAACAAAAACGUGGGAUUGGUGGUGAUGCUUCCUUCAACAACGCUAAAAUCUUCGAAGUUGUGUUGUGUUAAGAACCCCGACAGCGAGGGAUCUUCUGAAGUUAUUAAUUCGAUUGAAGCUAAAGAAACUGCUCCUGUUGAUCGUAUAAAGCUCGCGUUUGAAAAAGCUAAAGCUUAUAAAAAAUCGAUUAAAUCUAACUCUAGUUUGGGAAUUGAGGAAAGUGGUGGUGAGGGAGACAAUUCGGUUAAAGUGAAUCCAAAUGUUGUUGAUGGAGGGAAAAAGGAUAUGCCGGAUAGAUUGAAGAUUGCUAUGGAGAAGGCUAGAAAGUAUAAGCAGAAUAAAGAAGUUGUUGUUAGUGAAACUGAUCAAGGAUUGCAAGGAGGGAGUGUGAGGACAUGGGAUGAAAAUAUGAAUGACAAUAGUGUUGGUAAGAAAGUAGAACUGUCUGUUUCAAAGAUGGAUUUUGUGGGGCUUGGUUUUGCGGAUAAGCCGAAGACAAGGGGACUUCCGGCUGGUCUGCUUCCUUUUUCAGACCCCUACUUAGAUGGUGACUUACCUGAGGUGGAGUUUAUCGUCGGAGACUCAACCAAGUUCGAUACAAAAACAAAAGCUCCGCAACGUGAACAGACAUCACAGCCUGAACAGACAUCGGAAGAUGAGUCAGAUCUGUACAAGCCAAAAGUUUCUACAUGGGGUGUAUUUCCCAGACCUAACAAUAUUUCAAAAACAUUUGGAGGUGGAAGAGUUAUACUUCCUGGAGAAGUUUUAGAGACUGCAGAAGAAAAAGCUACAAAAGAAGAGCGCACAAAGCAAGUGCUUGCUGCUUACAAGAAGACAUAUGGAUUAAAUAUUGAUCCAAAGUUAAAAGCCGAGUGCCAGGAGGAAUUGAACAAAGGGGACUUGUUAAUGGAUGCGGGAAAACUGAAGGAUGCAUUACCCUACUAUGAGAAGGUUAUUGAUAAACUACCCUUCCAGAGUGAACUCCACGGAUUAGCAGCCUUACAGUGGUCGAUUUGUCUAGACUCCCUCAGUAGGUUUGUCUUGGGUUGCCUUGUUGUCUCCAACAUUGUCAUCACUGUCGAGAUUAAUUCAGAAAUUUGGAUUCAAAUAAGUUUUUAAGAGGCAAAUUUUGGUAAGUUAAUGGUUUUGUUAGUUUUCAUAAGUUUGAACCGUGGACCUCCUUCGGUGUCUUAAAUAAGUCUAUCUCCUGUUCUUGGAAAUAUUUCAUUGACUACUGAAAAGCUAAUCUUUGAAACUUGUACAAACAUCCCAAGUCUAAGAUAAUUGAGCAAGUGUGACUGAUAACUUGUAUAGUGAGAAUGUCUAUUGUAAUCCUUGUGUAGGGAUACCUAGUAUUGUAAGUUUGUAACCACUUGGAAUGGAUUUUCAAGUUUACCCAAAAGUUGCAAUCUUGUUCUGAGAUAGUGAAUAUAAUUGUUUUUUUAUCAAGUAACCUUGUGGCUGGAAUUCUCCCUUUAAAGGUGAACAAGUGGGAUGUCGCGGGUUCAAUCCCGCGCCCCUGUAUCAUGUUAAUUGUGUCGUUCUCAUUUUAUUUGUGUUUUUUAUGGAUUUCUAUUUUCUAUCCGUGGUGUGCGGUUUUACUUUUUCCAUCAAAGUAUGCAAGGGAUGAGAUAUAACGAAUACAUAGUGAAGACUUAGAUGGGAUUUCGCUAAUGCUACUACACGAAAAGCGGUGAAAUCUUAAACUGGGGAAGGGGGAGAAUAAUAUCAUUUAUUUGCUGAAACUCAACUAUAUUUUAUCUACACACCAUGUAUUCUAUUGAAGUUGAACUGCAACUUUUAUUGAUAUAAUAACUUGUAGUAUCAGUUAACAAUUUAAAUCAUAUAAACAUGUCACUGCCAGUCGUCUACAACUAGGACUUCAUUCAUAAACAACCAUAGAAGUGUAUGUGUUUUGCUGAUUAUUAAUGAACUGUUUUUUCUUCUUAAU